GGAAACUUCCUGGAAGCUCACUAUGGAGUGCUACUUCCUCCCUCCAUUUAACCCUCUCCUUCCUCUCUCUUUCUCCUCAAUUCUCCUUUCAACAGCUUCUCCUCUCUGUUUCCUCCAUAAUGAAGCUCCUCAAAAACAUCCCCAAUAAGCUCUUCAAGUACAAAAAAUCCCGCUCCAUUUCUAGAUCCGAAGACCCAUCAUUCGGGUCGGGCACAACUUCGUCUUCAUUCGAUUCGGAGUCCCAUCGCGGCUUCAAAAAACCCAAUGGGCUAGCUACGCCAACAAGCGUGUUACCCACUUUAUCCAACGAAAUCUCUGCUGAUAAAUGGUCUGAGAUUUCGGCCGAAGUUUACGCCGAACUGGUACAAGCCUUUCAUAUGAUUGACACUGACGGUGACGGGAAGAUAAUGAAAGAAGAGCUGGAGGCUAUUCUGAGCAGAGUCGGAACCGAGCCGCCGAGUAAAGAGGAACUGACGCUGUUACUUGAUGAAGUUGACAGGGACGGUGAUGGAUGUAUUAGCUUAGAGGAAUUUGGUGCCAUUAGCUCGGCGUUUGGGCCGCCGUCUUGUGACGGCGAGCUGAGAGAUGUUUUUGAUUUCUUUGACGCCGAUCAUGACGGAAAGAUAACGGCGGAAAAGUUGUUUAACGUGUUUAGAACUAUUGGUGACGGACGGUGUACGUUAGAGGAUUGCCGGCGUAUGAUAAGAGGUGUCGAUAAGAAUGGGGAUGGGUUCGUAUGCUUCGACGACUUUUGCCUUAUGAUGGAGCAGCAGAGAUGAUUGAUAAAUAAUUAUCAUGAUUUUGUAUCUCUUUUUUUUUGUGGAAAGAAGUGGGAGAUCGGGCCAAUUUAUAUGUAUGUAUAAAAAUGUGGGCACAAAUUCCUUCUUUUUGAACCCAUGAAAUGAAAUGGGAAUUGGCAUAAUAUAUAAUAUAGAUUUAGAUUCUAAUUUCAGUGGAGUUUUUAUCUUGAGCUGUGCUUUGUUUUU